AUGGCGACGGUGAGUAUUAACAACUUUUUGCCAUUACCAGUAAUGGUAACCAUCGUGAUGCGAAGGCACGUCGUGCUCCAGUGGAACACCUCAUUCCCUAGCAUGGGUGAGCUUCUGGAAGGAAGUGGGGCCAAGUGCCAGCACCAGCAUGGUCUGAGGGUUAAAUUGUCAAAGAAUGGAAAGGAAAAGCACUUUCAGGUAUUGCCCACUACCAACUGGAGACUGAUCUCACUGGUGGUUGGAUUUAUCAGUGUGAAUAAUUCUCCAUGGACAGAUUACAGUGCAUACAGCUACUUUCAGAUUGUGACCAUGUGUGACUUGGUUAUGAUUUUGUUCUUCUACAUUAUCCACAUCUUCAGAAUCUACAGGAAGCUCACUUGUGUUAGCUGGCCGCUCGCGGAGUUUCUUCAUUAUCUAAUCGGUACAAUUCUGCUUCUUAUUGCAUCGAUUGUAGCAGCAUCCAAGAGUUACAAUUUGACUGGACUUGUGGCUGGAGCGACUUUUGGGUUCCUAGCUACCAUCCUUUGUGUUUUAAGCAUAUGGUCAUCCUACAAGGUUUCAUGCAUCACGCAGUCAACCA